UCACCGCGGGAAGGGACCUCGCAGGCACAAGCAGGACCCUCUGGAGGAGCCCCCACCUCUUAUCAUGGGCCCCUGUCCCGGCGCCCUGCUCCUCCUGCUCCUCCUGGGCCAGGCCACGGCUGCACUGGCUCCGGGCUCCCUGCCCGCCUUCCUGCCCUGUGAGCUGGAGGCCCCCCACAAGGUCAACUGCGCGUGGCUGUUCCUGACGGCUGUGCCCCGCUUCUCGGCGACCGACCCCCAAGGCAACGUGACCGACCUCUCCUUGCGCUGCAACCGCAUCCGCCACCUCCACAACCGGGACUUCGCCUCCCUGUCCGGCCUGAAGCGGCUGGACCUCAAGUGGAACUGCCCGCCCAGCAGCCUCAGCACCAUGCACUGGGCCUGCCACAUGACCAUCGAGCCCCACACCUUCCUGUCCGUGCCCACCCUGGAGGACCUGAACCUGAGCUACAACAACAUCACGGCCGUGCCCGCCCUGCCCCGCUCCCUCAGGAACCUGUCCCUGAGCCACACCAACAUCCUGGCGAUCGACCCCUCCAGCUUCGGGCGCCUGCACGCCCUGAGACACCUGUACAUGGACGGCAACUGCUACUACAAGAACCCCUGCGGCCAGGCCGUGCAGCUGGCCCCGGGCGCCCUCCUGGGCCUGCGCAACCUCGUCCACCUGUCGCUCAAGUACAACAACCUCACGGCGGUGCCCCACCGCCUGCCCCCCAGCCUGCACACCCUGCUGCUCUCCUACAACCGCAUCACCUCCCUGGCGCCCAAGGACCUGGCCAACCUCACCGCGCUGCGCGUGCUGGACGUGGGCGGAAACUGCCGCCGGUGCGACCACGCCCCCAACCCCUGCGUGGAGUGCCCCUACAGGUCCCUCAAGCUGCACCCCAACACGUUCAGCCACCUGAGACACCUGCAGGGCCUGGUGCUGAGUGACAGUUCUCUCUACACCCUGGACGCCAGGUGGUUCAGCCGCCUGAAGAACCUCUCCGUGCUGGACCUGAGUGAGAACUUCCUGUACAAUUGCAUCUCCAAAACCACGGUCUUCCGGAACCUGACGACGCUGCGCAAACUCAACCUGGCCUUCAAUUACCGUAAGGGGAUAUCCUACGCCCACCUGUGGCUGGCGGAAUCCUUCCGCAGCCUGACCGCCUUGCAGCAGCUGGACAUGACCGGCAUCUUCUUCCGCUCGCUCGACAAUGGCACGCUCUGGCCGCUGACCCGCCUGCCCGCACUACAGAACCUGAAUUUGCAGAUGAAUUUCAUCAACAAGGCCAACCUCAGCCUCUUCCAGGAGUUCCCACACCUACGCCAGGUGGACCUGUCCGACAACCGCAUCAGCGGGAUGACGGGGUCGGCUGGGUGGGCGGGGUCCACGGGGUCCGUGGCCUCCGCGGCGAGGGCCCGUGCCGAGGAGGAAGUCUGGCCGUUGCCCAGGAACCUCUCUCCAGGCCCCCAGGACUCCCGCGGCUCUGAGGACUUCAUGCCCAGCUGCAAGACCUUCAACUUCACCUUGGAUCUGUCCCGGAACAACCUGGUGACCGUGCGCUCUGAGAUGUUUGCCGGGCUGUCGCACCUGCAGUGCCUGCGCCUGAGUCGCAACAGCAUCUCACAGGCGGUCAACGGCUCCCAGUUCGCGCCGCUGACCAGCCUGCGGGUGCUGGACCUGUCCCACAACAACCUGGACCUCUACCACGGGAACUCGUUCACGGAGCUGCCCCAGCUGGAGGCCCUGGACCUCAGCGACAACAGCGAGUCCUUCCGCAUGCAGGGCGUGGGCCACAACCUCAGCUUCGUGGCCCGGCUGCCCAACCUGCGCUACCUGAGCCUGGCGCAGAACGCCAUCUGCAGCCGCGUGUCCCCGCAGCUGAGCAGCGCCUCGCUGGUGGCCCUGGACUUCAGCGGCAACUCCCUGAACCUCAUGUGGAAGGAGGGAGACCUCUACCUCCACUUCUUCCGGGAGCUGAGAGGGCUGCUGCGCCUGGACCUGUCCCAGAACCACCUGCACGCCUUCCUGCCGCACACCGUGGGCAGCCUCCCCAAGAGCCUGCAGCUGCUGCGUCUCCGCGACAACUACCUGGCCUACUUCAACUGGAGCAGCCUGACCCUGCUGCCCAACCUGGAAGUGCUGGACCUGGCGGGGAACCAGCUGAAGGGCCUGACCAACGGCAGCCUCCCUGCCGGCACCGAGCUCCGGAAGCUGGACGUCAGCCGCAACAAGAUCAACUUCGUGGACCUCGGCUUCUUCGCCCCCGCCACAAGGCUGCAGGUGCUCAACCUGAGCGCCAACGCCCUCAAGACCGUGGAGCCCACCUGGUUCGGCGCCCGCGCGGCCACCCUGAGGGUGCUGGACGUGCGGAGCAACCCCCUGCACUGCGCCUGCGGGGCGACCUUCGUGGACUUCCUGCUGCAGGUGCAGGCGGCUGUGCCCGGGCUGUCCAACCAGGUCGCCUGCGGCAGCCCCACGCAGCUGCGGGGCCGCAGCAUCUUCGAGCAGGACCUGCGCCUGUGUCUGGACGAGGCUCUGUCCUGGGUCUGCUUCAGCGCCACCCUGCUGCUCGUGCUCCUGGUGCUGGCCCUGGCCCUGCUGAAGCACCUGUGCGGCUGGGACCUCUGGUACUGCUUCUACCUGGGCCUGGCCUGGCUGCCCCGGUGGGGGCGCCGGCCGGGCGCGGCCGCCCUGGACUACGACGCCUUCGUGGUCUUCAACAAGGCGGACGGCGCCGUGGCCGACUGGGUGUACAACGAGCUGCGGGUGCAGCUGGAGGAGCGCCGCGGGCGCCAGGCGCUGCACCUGUGUCUGGAGGAGCGGGACUGGCUCCCGGGCAAGACGCUCUUCGAGAACCUGUGGGCCUCGGUCUACAGCAGCCGCAAGACGCUGUUCGUGCUGGACCGCACGGACCGGGUCAGCGGCCUCCUGCGCGCCAGCUUCCUGCUGGCCCAGCAGCGCCUGCUGGAGGACCAGAAGGACGUGGUGGUGCUGGUCAUCCUGAACCCCAACGCCCGCAGCUCCCGCUACGUGCGGCUCCGCCAGCGCCUCUGCCGCCAGAGCGUCCUCCUCUGGCCCCACCAGCCCAGCGGCCAGGGCAUGUUCUGGGCCCAGCUGGGCACGGCCCUGACCAGGGACAACCACCACUUCUACAACCGGAACUUCUGCCGGGGACCCACGACGGCCUAGUGCCAUGGGGGCAGGGGGGAAGCCAGCACACCCCAGCCCCGCCCACCGUGCCCUCUGCCUGGGAUACCCCAGCCUGCCUUGCUCUGCAGAGGGGCUGCUGGGGGGGGCCCUCACCCCCACCCCCGGCAUACAGCAGGCACUCAAUAAAUGCU